AUGAGAAGAGAAGAGGAAAGAGAUGCCAGUGAGAGAGAAAGUCAAGAUCAAGCAUUUCAAAUAGAGAUGCGUGAAGCCAAUGACUACAGGUUACUUAAAUCAGCUCUUUUGAAACGAUUCCAGUUAACUUCUGAUGGAUUCCGCCAUAAAUUUCGUGUAGCAAGGCCGGAAACAGGAGAAAGUGGUCACCAGUUUGCUGCCAGACUUGAUAAUUAUUUGAGUAGAUGGAUUGAUUUGGCAGAAGCAAAUAAGACCUACGACGGACUGAAGGAUUUACUGCUGCGAGAACAGUUUACAGAUGGGUGUGGACGUGAGUUAGCCCUUAUUCUUAGAGAACGACAGCCUAGGACAAUACAGGCCAUGGCUGAAAUUGCUGAGCAGUACUUGGAGGCUCGUGGGGGAUUGUUUGGCCAACCUAUAAAUUUCGGAAAUAAAUUUUCAAAACAUCCACCAAACACCAAUAGGACUCAGGAGACCCCAAGUAGGGCAUUGCCACAAGUGGUAGGUAAACCUAAUUCUGUAACUUGUUUUCUGUGCCAUCGUGUAGGUCAUUUAGCUAGGAAUUGUCGAUUUUCAACUUCCUUUAAGGGUAAUACUCCCCUCAAGUGUUAUAGAUGUCAGAAAACGGGACAUGUUGCUAGAUAUUGCAGGCAGGAUACUGACAAGUGUGCAGGUUUAUUUACCAUGGGUUGUUCAAAUUGUCAGUCAAAAGGCACUUCCCGGGCAAUAAAUAGCGUAGGUCCAGACGGUGUAGAAGAGAAACCGGACGUGGGUGCUUGUAUGAUCACUAAAAUAUCUGAAUCAUUAGAUGAAUGUUGUAUAAGUAGGGAUGGUAGUCAGGUGACUCUCAAGUGUGGACAUCAUCUCCCAAUUAUGAGCGCAGCUCUCGAUAAUUCAUUAACUAAGAAAAUGCCAGUCUCAACAGGUAUGGUGGGACCACAUCGUAUAUCUGUUCUUCGUGACAGUGGAUGCAGUGGUGUGGUCAUAAAGAGGGAGUAUGUUUCACCCGAUCAACUAACUGGUAACAUGAAAACUUGUGUUUUGAUUGAUGGGACUGUGAGGACUCUACCUGUAGCAUUGAUAAAUGUUAACACACCAUUCUUUUGUGGGGUAACACAUGCAUUAUGUAUGGAUAAUCCUAUCUAUGAUCUAAUAUUAGGUAACAUCACAUCACGAGCUCCAGAGGAUCCAGACCAAUCUUGGACCGAGCAUCCAUCUCCAGCUUGCGCAGUGGAGACAAGAUCUCAAGUUAAAGAUCAAGAUAAACCCUUUCGACUACUUAAGAUUCCUGAAACCACCAACCAAAUUAUCACCACAGAAAACAUGAAGACAUUUCAACAAGAAGACCCAACCCUUUACAAAGCCAGAGAACUUGCUAAAGAAGAGAGGGUAAAUGUGAGUAAUAACCAAGCAGAAUCUAGUUUCCAUUACAAAAAGGCUUUGUUAUAUAGGAAAUUCUGCUCACCUACCAUUGAACAUGGUGAUUGUUUUACCCAACUCGUUGUUCCAAAGAUAUGCCGUCAACAUGUAAUGCGUCAGGCUCACGAAAAUCUAUUAGGUGGGCAUCAGGGGGCAAAGAAAACCACAGAUAAAGUACUCUCUAAAUUCUGGUGGCCAGGGGUAACAGCUGAUAUUACACGAUAUUGUCGUUCAUGCGACAUUUGCCAGAGAACCGUCCAGAAAGGCCGGGUUACUAAAGUUCCUUUGGGCAGAAUGCCCUUAAUAGAGGCACCUUUUGAACGUAUUGCCGUUGAUAUUGUCGGUCCCAUAUUUCCUAUGUCUAAAGAUCGCAACAGAUAUAUUCUUACUAUUAUAGAUUUUGCUACUCGUUAUCCUGAGGCAGUACCGUUACCAAACAUUGAAGCCGAGAGAGUGGCUGAAGCCCUCGUUAAAGUUUUCUCUAGAAUUGGUAUGCCAAAAGAAAUGCUUUCUGACCGGGGAUCCCAAUUCACUUCUGAGGUCAUGAAACAAGUGAGUACUCUACUUUCAAUCAGACAGCUAAUGACAUCUCCAUACCACCCUGCAUUUUACAAAUAG